AUGUGUGGUGGUGCUAUAAUAUCCGAUUUCAUACCUCCGGCGAGCCGGUCGUCUCGCCGGCUGACGGCGGAGCUGCUCUGGGGCGGCGGAUAUGCCGGUCCGAUCAAGAAGAAGAAUCCGGGGAGCUAUCACUCCAAGCCUCGGAGAUCUGAGCUGGUCAUCGAUCUGGACGAUGAUUUUGAGGCCGAUUUUCAGGAUUUCGAGGAUUUCUCCGACGGCGAAGGCGAGGUUGGUGAGGAGAAGCCGUUCACGUUCUCUGGUUCGAAGAGCUCUGGUGUUAAAGCUUCAAAACCUGUGGACACUUGUGAAUCCGAUCACGAGGUUACCGAGAAGUGUUCCAAAAGGAAGAGAAAAAAUCAGUACAGAGGCAUUCGCCAGCGCCCGUGGGGCAAAUGGGCCGCUGAGAUUCGCGACCCGCGAAAAGGCGUUCGAGUCUGGUUGGGUACUUUCAACACAGCUGAGGAAGCUGCUCGGGCCUAUGAUGCCGAGGCCCGAAGGAUCAGAGGCAAAAAAGCAAAGGUGAAUUUCCCGGGAGAUGCAAACACGAGCCGUGCAGUUAAAACCGAUCCCUCAAAACCACUCGUUAAGGAAAGCCCGAAUUCUGUUCAGGCCGGCCCGAACCAGACCAUGAAUUUCUUCAACAUGCUGAAUGAUGACUUGUACUCUGACUCUUUGGGCUUCCUGGAAGAAAAACCACAGAUGAAUCAGCUUGUUGGUAGCAUAACAAGUGAUAUUGGGCUGAAACCACACACACCAACUACUGAGGGCACAAAUGUCUAUUUCAGCUCUGAUCAGGGGAGCAACAACUCUUUCGAAUGCUCCGACUUCACGUGGGGCGAAAACUGUGCAAAAACUCCUGAAAUCUCGUCAGUCCUCUCGGCUAUGAUGGAGGACGAGCGAGCUCAGUUCGCGGAGAAUGGUGGGCCCGCGAAGAAAUCUAAAAAUGAUCUUUCGGAGUUUGAUUCUCAGAUGAAGCUUUUUCUCGACGGGAAUUGGGAAGCCUCGAUAGAUGCUUUCAUCAAUGGGGACGGGAAUAAGGAUCUCUGGUCGUUCGAUGAUGUAUCGGCCAUGCUGGACGGGGCCUACUGA